GUUCUCAGGGCAGUUGUCUCCUGUAUACCCUCACCAUCCUCUCCGGCGGCAGUAAAUGAUAGUUUUAGCUAGCGGGGACUUCCCUCUGGAAUCCCCCUGGAUUCAUCCCUCUUCUCAUAACAUCCCAUACUACCAUCUUGUCCCUAAAUCACCAUAAGCCAUCGGUUUCAUCGGGUUCUUCUAUCUGCCAGGCUCUCACUACUUACACUUAACCAACAAUGACGCUCAGCAAAGAACUCCCCCGAAUAGUCCAGCAUGCAAAUAACAUCAUUCCCAAACGGCUGAUUCUGUCAUAUAUCGCUGACUGGGUGUUUAUCGCGCUACGGCUUCAGCCGAACCCCCCAACCCACACGCCCUUCUCCCUAACAGACGCAUCGAUCUCCUACCCGCACGCCAAACACGAGACCGUAUCCACAGGGGUCAUGGUAGUAGUAUCGCUCAUCGCGCCAGGCGUUAUAAUCGCCGCCCUAUCCCUAGUCCUAGUCCCGGGAAGCUCGGGGGUGGCAGCGACAGGCGCAGCACGCUGGCGGUACAAGAUCUGGGAAUGGCACGCGGGAUGGCUGGGUCUCGCGCUCGCGGUGGCAGGCGUGUUUAUGGCUACGGAGGGAUUGAAGGACCUGUAUGGCCGGCCCAGGCCGGACCUGCUCGCGCGCUGUGAUCCGGAUUUGGAGAAUAUUGGGACGUAUGCGGUUGGGGGCUGGGGAGGGUGUUGCCGGGGGCGCCGACGUUGGUUUCUUGGGGGAUAUGCAGGAAUAGUUGCCUUUGCUGGAUUGUCGUACUUCUCCCUGUGGCUGUGCGCCAAAUUCUCCGUCGCGUUCCCUUACUUCGCCCACUCGCCCUUCAGCCAGGAUUUGCACAGUCGAAAGCGUGAAACGCUUCGGGAGCAAGGCGCUGCGCCGCCCAUCUAUAUGGUCAUUAUUGCCUUUGUGCCCUGGGCUGUCGCAUGGUUCAUAUCCGCCUCGCGCUGGUUCGACCAUCGACACCACGCGUUCGACAUCAUCUUCGGAUCGGUGAUGGGGAUGGUCUUUGCGUGGGUCGCGUUCCGCCUUUACCAUAUUUCCAUUAUGCGGGGGGCCGGCUGGGCGUGGGGUCCUCGGAAUCGCUCGCACGCUUUAUAUAAGGGAGUGGGGCUCCCAAGUCAAGUUGGCACUGAGAACUGGGCCUAUGCACCGGAUGUGUCGACGGCGGAGAGUGAUGACCGUAGUGCGGAUCUUGAAAGCGGGCGACGGGAUCUAGCGGAAUGAGCAGUCGAAGUUCGUAAUAAUUAAUUCCACGUCAGCGGGAUUUCUUUGGAUGUGCCGCGGUAAAGUAGCCGACGCGUGAUGUAGAUCGCAUAUAAUAUCAUCU